CCCUCGAAACUCCACUUUCUCAAUAAUUGGGCAAAGCUUCGGAGAGCAUUGGCGCCCUGAAAUGCCAAAUAAUGAUUGCUAACAACGAUUCUAUCCUCUGCUGUCGUCGCUCUCUGAGGGCGAGGAGGAUAAAAGCGAAAGGAGACGUCGAAACGUGGCCGUGCCCGAUGCGACGAUCACGUGGGGCCGGUUGCCUGUUUGGCUGGUACGACGUAGCAAUGACAAGCUGACAGCCCGUUCAAAGUCGACCCUCGUCUUCUCGCUGCCGUUGAGGCUUUCAUCCAUCGUCGCUGAGUUGUUUAGAGCUAUAGCUCGCCUCAAAGCGAAGAUCGAUCAUGGCCACCCAGAACCCUUGGAGGGGUGGGCCCCGUGCCACGGCUCAGGAGGAAGCACAGCCUAUGAAGGCCGAAGAAGAUCUGAAUCAAGUCCUCAGUACAUCUCAGCGGAGAGAACUCAUUGCUCUAGUCAAGUGCAUAAUGGAUGAAAUGCAGGAAAUCCUUUGCCAUCCUUCAGAACACUACAUAGAUCCGACCCCUGAUGCCCCUGACCGCUCAAACGCUCAGAAUCCGGAAGCCUUGCCUCCUCGGCAGGAGACGCAGCAGCUGCAGUCGUCGCGCGCCGGCACGUCAAUAAGUAAGGCACAGGUAAAAAUAGAGCUUGAGGCAUUCGAUUAUUUCAAAUCCUGGAAGCAAUCAGUUCUGGGCCGUCUAGGAGAAGCAAUUGAAACAAGCGGAUCUCCAGAGAAACAGCCUCCAAGACCGAUGGAUCCAAUCGAGCCCGAACCCGCUCCUGUGGAUCCUAAGGAUCGUGCAUCCAUUUCUAAUCGGACCGAAUAUCCUGAUCCGUUCAAUCCUCAUCUGAAAAAGCUACCAAUGGAAACCAGAUUACUCAUUACAAAUUCCUUUCUUCUCCUCCUGUUGAGCCUGAAAUCCUAUAACGCUCAUUCCCGUGCCCUUUUACUCAAAUUAUCUACCAAUUUGGGUAUAUCUGCGGAGCAUUUGGCUGAGAAUGAGAUAAAAGUUGCCCAAGGACUUCUCAAAGCCGCUAAAGAAAUGUCUGCGAGCGAUGAGGCAAAGGCAAGAGCUGAUGAGUCUAAAGCUUCGCGCCGAUGGAAAAUCGGUCUUGCUUCUGUAGCAGGAGCAGUUCUCGUCGGUAUGACAGGCGGGUUAGCGGCUCCCCUAGUUGCUGGAGGAGUUGGAAUGAUCAUGGGAACUCUGGGUCUCGGAGGAACCGUGGCUGCAGGGUACCUUGGUGCUGUCGCAGGAAGUGGUGUCGUUAUUGGGAGUAUCUUUGGUGCAUUCGGGGCGAGAAUGACUGGCAGAAUGAUGGAGAAAUAUGCAAGAGAAGUAAGAGACUUUGCAUUCCUACCUCUAAGGGCUCCCCCAGCCAAAUCUGAAAAUGAAACGGUUCCUUCCACGAUCGAUACUCGCCUGCGAGUCACGAUUGGGAUUACCGGAUGGCUCACCGAACCCUAUGACCUCGUCAACCCGUGGAGAGUGCUUGGGAAGGAUUCCGAUGUCUUUGCGUUGCGUUGGGAACUUCAGGCUCUCCUGAUGUUAGGAAAUGCCAUGGAAUCUCUUGUUCGGAGGUUUGCUUUGACGUUUGCAGCCCAGCAACUCCUAAAUAAAACGAUUUUAGCCCCAUUCUCCGGCCCUUUGAUGAUACCGAUGGUUGUGUUGAAGCUCUCUCAUCUCGUCGACAAUCCGUUUAAUGUUGCUAAAACUCGAGCCGAGAAGGGUGGUGAAAUCCUAGCAGAUGCCUUGAUCAACAAAGCCCAGGGAGAGCGUCCAGUCACGCUCAUUGGUUAUUCCAUGGGUGCUCGGGUUAUAUAUGCAUGCCUUUUAAGCCUAGCCAAAAGAAGAGCGUUUGGCAUGGUCGAAUCCGCAAUCCUAAUAGGAUCUCCCACCCCUUCUGACACUGCACAAUGGCGUUUGAUUAGGACCGUCGUAAGUGGACGUUUAGUCAACGUAUAUUCUAAGAAUGAUCUUAUGCUUCGAUUCCUUUACCGGUCCCAGAGCGUUCAAAUGAAUGUCGCGGGGAUCCAACCUAUUGAAAAUGUUCCUGAAUUGGAGAAUCUUGACGCAAGCAAGAUGGUUCCUGGGCAUUUGCGAUAUCCACUACUUGUCGGAGCUAUCCUUGAAAAAAUUGGGUUCGACCACUUGGAUCAGGACGAGUUACGACGACAGGCUGAUAGGCUUCGCGCUCUCGCGGCAGAAGAUGAGCGUCUGGUCGACCAGGCUCAAAGGGAAGAGCAGCAGCACGAACCGGCACAGGUCUUUGUGGACUCCAAUGCACUAGAUCGUGACCAGAAAUGUCCCGAAGAGCCCCCAAUUUCGAACGCGGAAAUCCAGAACCUGGAGGACGAAAUUACAAGGAGAACAGAGGACAGUUUGGUAGAAAUUCAUAUGCAAUCAAUCCAGCUUGAGGACCGUGAAGGCCAGCAAAAUCACUUUUUGCCAGGUUAAUAGGAGAAAGUUGUUAGGCAACUUAAUCGUGAUAACCCCCAGAUCCGCAUUGGCAAUGAGCUCCCAAUUGCCUCGAGGUUCUGGAAUCCAUUAACGUCCUCCAUUUUCAUGGCACUUGAAAUACGAAGCAGAAUAUGUAUAUAGCAUAAGAAAGAAGUAUAG